AUGCAAAACAUCUUAUUCCUCACCAACAGCGAACUCGGCCAGUGCAAUGUGGCCUUCGCAGUUGCAGAAGAGUUCCUACGUCGGGGUAAAUUUCGUGUACAUUUUGCUUCGUUCAGUCCACUUGCUGAGCGAGUAGAUAGAUUGAGUGAGCGAGUCAGUGAUGCGCAGCGGGUGACAUUCCAUCAGAUAUGGGGACCGUCUAUGACUGACCUUGCCGUUCGUACUAAUGUCGGCCUUCUGCAUCACAGGCCAGGUAUUCAGGGUGCUAUGCAGGGCUUUCAAAAGGUUAGGAAAGCUAUGUCGAGCUGGACACCGUCCGAAUAUGGAAAGGCUUUUCAGAGCUGUUUGGACAUCUUGGAAAGUGUUUGUCCGGCUGUGGUUGUUGUCGAUCCGAUUCUACAUGUCGGUUUAGAUGCGUGUUACACUAUCAACGUGAGACUGGUGGUCUUAUGGCCUGUACCGCUGAAGGAUGUGGUAAUAAUGAGCCAGCCAAAUGGCGGACUAUUUUGGAAGUAUCCAAUAACCGGAUCAGGAUAUCCUUUCCCACUUCCGUGGACUUUGAUUCUUUCAAAUAUCUAUUUGGCCUUCUGCGCUGCCUUUGCUUUGAUGUUUUCAAAGUCAUCACCAGACAAGAAGUCAUCAGCCGCACAUGAACAUACAUCUCGAACUCCUUUUCCUCUCCAGAAUGCCUACCAAAAGAACUCAUUGAAUCUGACUCCGGCAUUCAGGGAAAUGGACUUUCCAUUUUUCAUUCCAGACAAUGUGAUUAGUUGUGGUCCGAUUAUUCGAGAAUGUGAACCUCUUUCAGAGUCCGAUCCGGAAUUAGAUGCAUGGCUUAAGUGGCCAACAGUGCUCAUCAGCCUCGGGUCACACGUCAAGCCGGAAGAGAAGGUUGCUAUUGAGAUGGCGAAAGGGAUACAAAUCAUAUUAGAAAAGCAUUGCCCGAAUAUACAAAUCUUAUGGAAGCUAAGAUACGAUUGGGAGGGUUCUGAGGAAUUCAAGAAGGUUUUGGGCCCUGCAAUCACAGCUGGAUCGGUGAGGGUCGUGUCUUGGAUCGAAUCCGAUAUCAUGUCCGUUCUUGAAACUGGGCAAGUUGUCACCUAUGUGCAUCAUGGAGGUGCUAACUCAUACUUUGAAGCGUGCAAAGUCGGCAUCCCUCAGGUUGUUCUACCACAGUGGUUGGACACCUAUGAUUGCGCCACACGGGUGGAAUGGCUUGGGAUUGGUGUCCAGGGGAGCAGAAAAGCUGCACCUGAUAUUGAUGCGAUAGAGUUCUCAAAUGCUGUGUUGCGAGUACUUCAUGAUGAUCGUAUUUGCACUAGGUCACUUGCUAUUAAAAAUCUGUGUCAAUACACUGAGGGUCGUGUGGUGGCGCAUGACCAUAUUGCAGAAUAUGCUUUAAAAAAUUUCAACUGA